AUGCUGUCGCGCAACGCGGCCGAGGAGGCGCAAUUCGUGUUGCCAACUGAAAAUAUGCAUUUAAGGGAAUCAGCCAUACUAGCUGUGUUUCGUUUUUCGGGUUGUGUGAGCAGAAGAAAUGGGAAGCAGUCGUCUUAUGUGAUUGUAGAUUCGUUGCGCAGAGAAGAAAACGGGAACAAGGCUGAAGCGACAGCGAUAGAAAAUUUUUGGUAAGUCAGAAUCUCUCUUGAGAGUGAAACUUGAGAUGACUCAGAUGUGCAUGCCUGCUACAGCUUUUCGACUAUUGAUUUCUAUUUCGUCUAAACAAAAGUAGAUUCAGUUGUUUCCUCGAUACAACAAACCUGCAUUUUCACAUUCUUCGAAGAAAAGUAAAUGCGACUGACUCCCAGAUGACGCGCCACUCCCACAUGACGCUCCUUCUGCUGAGCGCGCUUGUUUUUCACCGAAGUAUUGUUAGGGAGCAGUCAUAUUUGCAUUGUGCGAAACACCAAUUGGAUAAAAACACACUGAUUGCACUGUCUGAUCUUCUUACGGAAUUGAAGACGGGCGUCUACUAUCUCGAUGGUAGGUUGGGACGAGAGAAGCUCGUAGAUGCAGCGUCUCGUCGUGUGGUAUCUCUGCCUACUUUAAGCGGGUCGAACAGAACAGAAGUGUCGGAGGACGACUCACCGCUUUCGGAUGAAGAAUUGUACUCAAGACGUGUGGCGGAGGUUGUCCAUUUUGUCGAAGCGCACCGCCCACCGCGGGAUGAAAGACUUACACGGCGUUACAACUUCAUCAACGCACGCUUGGCUCUCAAAGCAUACGACAUUGUAGUGCAAAAAUGGGGGAAAGCUUUUUACGGCGGCAAGAGCGAUGAUAGUGUCGCGUCGGAGUUUUCGUCGACUGCGGGGCCUGCACAAGAUUCGUCUGCUCCGGACGUCGCCCUGACCUCCGUACCACUACAAGACCAAUCAGCACAAAUUGACGAUAGUAAAGAAGAAGACGUGAGCCCCAAUAAUUCAUCUUCCGUGUCACGAUUUCCAGUGUUGUUUCUCAACGAUGUUGCGCCAUACGCAGUUUUCACCGAGCCUCGCACGAACUGGCGCAAGGUGUUUUACCGAUUCCUGCUUCCGCUGCUGAAGGAGGCCGAUUCGGCAACGGCGCUGAUUUCUGUGAUCAACUCAAAAGUAUGGAACUUAUUCACUAACGAGCCCAUACGCUUCUUCGCAGCUGGAGCCGAUGAGAUUAAUAAUUUCGGCAUUGCGGACUUUCUCAAUGGAACGUUCACAGGCGGGCACCCAGGAAGCAGUUGCACGGGCAUGGCAAUAUUCACUGUCGCCUGUCUGCGGACCGUAGGAAUUCCAGCGCGCGCAGCAGGGGUAGCGCACUGGAAUCGGGGAAACAGUUACGAGAUCACUUAUUCACUUCCGUGAAGCUCUUUUCGUGAAGCUCUGCUCCCGACGCUUUUUCCGUGCAGCUCUUUUUUAGAUACUUCUACCUGUCAAGCUCUUCUCGUGAAAAAGAGCUCGAAUAAUCAUAAGCAUGUCAUCAAUCUCCCUCUGCUUCUGUUUGCUGGGCACCAGAAAUUCCGAUAGAACUGAACCUCGGUGUCUUGUACCGAUUCUAAUUCAAUAGCUGUCCAGACGGAGAUGCUAGCCCAAACUGCGGCAACCAUAAUUGGGUUGAGGUGUGGAACGGAACACAAUGGCAUUUUCUGAGUCCCGCUCCGCAAGAGGGCGGACCAAAGCCCUUGGAUCAAGGGUGGUUUUUUCCAAAUCCGAUCGAUACUCUGAGGCCGCUGAAUGGCAACCAUUCGCUAUACGCGACAUCGUGGAAAAAGACACCGUUGUUCCAACUUGAGAAGGAAGUGGUUUCUGAUGUUUCGCUGAAUGAUGAGUCUCGUGGAAAUGUAAAUUUUCCUCUCAACUUGCCUUCGGUGUAUGGUGAACAACUAGAAGUCGGGAAAUCAUCAUUGCGAUGGAUAAGAAAUGACGAAUCUUUUCUGGGGAACUCAUACAGCGACGACGAGAUAGCAGUGGACCAUUUCCCUAUGGUUUGGGCGUCGCGGGAGGAUGGACCACUAGACACAGACGCAGAGGUGCAGGGCUGGGAUGUGACGUGUAGAUAUAUUCGCCACCUAAGAUUAAACUCAACAGGAUGUAGUCCAUCGGACGGUGCUGAAUCUCUUGUGAAGUAGCGGAGUUAUAAUUAUUCUCUCGCGAAAAAGCAUGUCAAAGUUACGAACAAGGUGAAUAUGACUAG